GUGGUAGCAUGGCACAUGACCUGGAAGAAUGUCUUGUUUGCAACAAUAAAUGCAAACAUGACAACCAAUGCAUACAUUCCAAUCAAUGACCGCAAUUCUCCCUCGGCUGCCAAGAGCUCUUUUCUAGAUUCAACCCGGGGAUUCCCUUCAAUUGACAGCUGCCAUUCAUCCACCUAUCCCCUGGACGUUGAACUUGCAACUCGCAUUGAGAUACUUCUUCUUUUUCUUCUUCCCCUUCCCCUGGUGUGGUCACUCUGUACAGUCAUGUCCUCCCUCAGUCUCACCCACUGCGUCACCACCGACUUAUUCUCCGCUGCGUCAUCCGGUAACGCAGAUCUGGCCCAACACGGUCCACCAGGACAAUAAAACCAGCCCGGCGGUCAUCGCAUGACAUGGCGCACCCACAGGCGAACCUUUCAC